CUGAGACCUUUUUGCCAAAAGUCAGUGGUAGAUGGUGUAUGGUCCAUGGCAGAGUUCUCCCCUCAGACAUGGAUGGUUGGGUUCAUGUGCAGUUCCACUCAGAUCAUGUCUGGUGCCAGACAGUCCUAGAAAUAUAUCUCUUAUUACAAACCUAUGUUUUUCCAUCUUCAGAAAUAGAAGAUAAUAUGCUGUGUCCUCAAUGUGUUCAGAGGAAUAAGAAGAUAAUGAAAAGAUUACUAGCAUUGGGAAAGGGUAAAGAGCCUGAUGUGGACACAUCAACACCACUUCUUUUGGAAGGGUAA